AUGGCGCUGGCGUCGAUCUCGUCAAUCAGCGCAACACUCUCCUUCCUAAUCUAUCUCUCUCUCCCCUAUUCAAAUGCCGCCAACAAAAACAUCCUCCACCAAUCUCCUCCAGGAGGAUCACGCCGUCCCAUGGUGUUCCCGUUGUUCCUCUCCCAAUCAAACGCCUCUUCUCCGAGAUCCGUCUCAAUUCACCACCGGAAACUCCACAACACCGACUCCAAACCACUCCCUCACUCCCGCAUGAGACUCUACGACGAUCUCCUCCUCAACGGAUAUUACACGACGCGGCUUUGGAUUGGCACGCCGCCGCAGAUGUUCGCUCUCAUAGUAGAUUCCGGGAGCACAGUCACUUACGUCCCUUGCUCCGACUGUGAACAAUGCGGCAAACACCAAGACCCGAAAUUCGAGCCGGAAUUGUCGAGCACGUACCAAGCAGUGAAAUGCAACAUGGACUGCAACUGCGACGACGACAAGGAGCAAUGCGUGUACGAGAGAGAGUACGCAGAGCACAGCAGCAGCAAAGGCGUCCUCGGAGAAGACCUCAUCUCGUUCGGCAACGAGAGCCAGCUCACUCCCCAGCGAGCUGUCUUCGGCUGCGAGACAGUCGAGACCGGUGAUCUCUACAGCCAGCGCGCGGAUGGGAUCAUCGGGUUAGGGCAAGGAGAUCUCAGCCUUGUGGAUCAGUUGGUGGAUAAAGGCUUGAUCAGCAACUCUUUCGGUUUGUGUUACGGAGGGAUGGAUCUUGGUGGUGGCUCGAUGGUUCUUGGUGGUUUUGCUUAUCCGUCGGAGAUGAUAUUCACUGACUCGGACCCUGAUCGGAGUCCAUAUUACAAUAUAGAUUUGACGGGGAUACGUGUCGCCGGGAAGCAGUUGUCGCUGAACUCGAGGGUCUUCGAUGGCGAGCAUGGUGCGGUUUUGGACAGUGGUACGACGUAUGCGUAUCUUCCAGACGCGGCGUUUUCGGCGUUUGAGGAAGCUGUGAUGAGAGAGGCUUCUCCGUUGAAGCAGAUUGAUGGACCUGAUCCGAAUUUUAAAGACACUUGCUUCCAUGUUGCUUCGAGUAAUGAUGUUUCGGGGCUUACGAAGAUAUUUCCAACGGUCGAGAUGGUGUUUAAGAGUGGUCAAUCUUGGCUCUUGUCUCCUGAAAACUACUUGUUCCGACAUUCAAAGGUGCGUGGAGCAUAUUGUCUUGGUGUGUUUCCGAAUGGGAAAGAUCAUACAACUCUCUUAGGAGGCAUUGUGGUACGGAAUACACUUGUUGUGUAUGAUCGUGAGAAUUCUAAGGUUGGAUUUUGGAGAACUAAUUGUUCGGAGUUAUCGGAUAGGCUUCAUAUCGAUGGUGUAACACCACCACCACCGGCCACUUUACCUUCAAAUGCAUCAAAUCCAUCUUCAGGGGAGAUUCAGAUUGGUCAAAUAAUCCUUGAUGUUCAGCUAACAGUCAAUUCGUCGUAUCUGAAACCUCGCAGUGAAGAGCUCUCCAGGUUAUUCUCCGAUGAGCUUGAUGUCAAAUCUUCACAGGUCAAUUUAUCGAAUCUUACUUCCAAAGGAAACAACUCUCUCAUCAGAAUAGUUGUUGUCCCUAGUGAAGAAUCUUCUAGUUUAUUUUCAAAUGUCACAGCAAUGAGUAUAGUUUCUCGGUUUAGCAAUCACGAAAUCAAACUUCCUGACAAUUUCGGAAACUAUGAGCUCGUUAGUUACAAACUCGAGCCUCCAAGAAAACGGACAAGGUGGGAGAUGAAAAACAUUAUUGUCGUGAUUGCAACUGUUAUCAUCAUCGUUGUAGUUGUCGGGUUAUUAGCUUAUGGAGUUUUGUUGAUAUGGAAACGCAAACAAAGUUCAAAUCCAUAUAAACCUGUGGAUGAAGCCAUCAUAGUCGCUGAGCAAGAAAUGCAACCUUUAUAA